AUGUCCGCCAUGUCUGCCAUCGCCGCCGCUCGAGAGUGCGACCAGGACGAGCCCGCGGACGUCCUGCUGCCCCAGACGACCUACCAGCCCGCGGACGCCUUUGCCGACCCUCACGACUACUACCUGCAGCAUCACCACCACCAGACCCACGACCAGAGCCAUCACCACGGCCAUCACCAGAGAGACAGCCGUCCCGGGAGCAGCAGCAUAGGCAGAGGGAGAGGCAGCAGUCUCGCGGAGAGAGGGCUGCCGGAUUUCUCUCUCUCGCCCAGCAAGACCCGGACGGCCACCGCUACUCCGGCCACUACGACGACUACACCAGUAUCUACUACGACCUCAGCAUACAAGAGCAGACAGUCCUCGCUGCAGGACCUCGUCAACCGGUUCAACCAGACGCCAGACGAGGUCGUGCCCAAGCCGUCUGCUGUCUCUGCACACGCCCAUGCCCGGCCACCGCCCGCCAGACGGCCCCUGUUCGGCGAGAUCAUACCCAAGCCAGUCACCGCAGCUCCCGUCAUCACCACGGCCACCACGACUCCAGCGCAUCUACAGACGGGUUCAGGCUCGCGGAGGGCCAGGAGUGGCUCGGACAGCUGCAUGCAUACGCCCAAACAGCUGCAUUUCCUAGACAGCGCGUUUGACCACCUGCCGCAGCACCACUAUCAAAACUCGCAGCAUCACCAGCAUCACCAGCAUCAAACACUGCAGACGCAGCAACAGACGCACCAGCAGACGCACCCGCAGACGCACCAGCAUAUACAGGUGGACUCGCCGACUGCAUGGUAUCUGCCUGCUCUCUCCCACAGACGCUCCCAAAGUGACCUGGGCUCCCCCGUCUCGCCGCAGCUGAACAUGAACCCACACCCCAUCUCGACCUCUUUUUCAUCCCGCCAGUAUCAGCACCAGCAGCUCUCGAGAAUACCCCUGCCCUCGCGGCGUGCCAGCCAGGCCUCUGACUCAGGCAAUUCCUCGCCCUCCACUCGCACAAACUCCGCUCUCGACCGGUAUCCUCCUGUCUCGGGGCCUCUUCCGCCAAAGGGAAUCAGCCUGCUCCCUAAGCCAACUUCUCCGCCAACUGCCUCCACCGCAACCUUCUCGCCUCGAUACCGCAACCGAUCCUGUUCGACAAACACCACUGCAACCACCGCAACCACCAGCUCGACCGCCAGCAGCCGUCGACAGCAACAACAACCACAACACCAACACCCUCAUCAUCAACAUAAUCAACAUCCCAUUUCGAGAGACCAGAAGAGUCCCACCCUGCAAGCUUUCAUCUCUGCUCCGUUGCCCAAAAAGUCCCCCCCUCUACGCAGCUCUCGGCCAAGACAACCUGUUUCAAGCGCCACCACCUCUGCCUCCCGCGCUAGGCUUGUAGAUCGUAUCUCUGGGCUCCAGUCCAAGGACGGCCGCGCCGCUUCUGCCUCAGCUUCUGCUGCUUCCCAUCCCACCACCGCCGGCUCUAGAUCAGCCUCUGCUUCCAAGAAACCGCCAGAGCUGGGAAACGUCGAUUUUGCCGCAAGAAGGCAGCGGAUUCAGCAGGCUUUCAACCGCACCGUGGAGGAGAAUGCUAAGAAGGAGGAGCGAGCUGCUGUACGACGAGAGCGCGAGAUUGCCAGGAAGAUGGCCAGACAGGAGAAGCUACAGCCACAGCCACAGCUUGAUGAUCAACAACAACAACAACAACAACAACAACCUGAACAACAAAAUCAACAACUUGAUCAACCUCAACCCGAAGCUUCUACUGUACCUGAACCUCAACCCGUACCAGUCCCUGAACCUGAACCACAGAUAUUGGACCAAGUGGAAAAAUCGACUGAACCUGAGCCACAACCAGAAACAGAAUCAGGAACAGGAACAGGACCAGAAACAGAACAAACGGCUGCUGAUCCAACGCUCGUGCCCGAAGAAUUAUCUGAACCAACGACAACGACAACGACAACAACAACGGCUGAACCAGCAAAAAUUAUAAUAGAAGAAGAAACAGAACAGACGACAACAGCCGGCGACCAGCCGGUGAAUAAUGACUGCGUAGAGCCGCAAUUCACCCCUGAAGAGCAUAAUAAUGAUGAUUCCUUCGUUACGCCCCAGGAGGGCCGUUCUCCCGUCCUACUCCCUGUAACCUACCAACCAGAUCAGCAACCAGAAGCCCAGCAACCCCUCGACAUGGCUCUACACAACCCCUACAGGCCCAAGACCCCAGAAUCAGACAAUACAGAUGCAGUACCGCAGUCUGCCGUCACCGUCGGCACAGAAAUCACUACCUUCGACCCAGAGCCACAGGAUGGCCUGCUCACUCAUAGAACCAUGCUCAACCACAUCAUGCAGAUGCGAGAGUCGAGCCCAAGCAUCUCCGGCACUUCGGACGGCCAUGAUGAUGAGCACGAUACUGAGCACGAUGAUACUGAGCAUGACGACAGCACCGCAGACGAUGGAGAGUCUAUACGCAUUAUGCUCCGCCGCUCAAGAUAUCUCGAGUCGAUAGCUCGCCAGCACGAAGUGGGAAAUCCCCGUCAUAGAUGGAGCAUGAGCUCGUGGGACUCUUCCUUUCAGGGGCAUCCGCCACAGGGCGAAGCAGAAGCUGUGUCUGACCUCGGACAGGAGGAUGAAGCCCUGACUAAAAAUCAGGAACAGGAAGACAGCUGUGAGAGCUCCCACUCAUUGCACGAAAACGCGACGACUCCACAGCCGAUCUUCCCGCCGUCCCCACCAUGCGAGGCCGACGAGGUACACAACCCUGGCAUAUCCUCCAUCAAGCAGCAGCAACAACAGCAGCAGCGGCUUCAUGAAAGUCAUGACGUCGACGAUGACAGCAGCGAGUCCCCUGUGCUAGGGAACGAUGAUCAUGCUGUCAUUGCUUCCCUCGAAAGACGGUUUAGCAUGAACAUGGCCAACCACUACACUACCAUCGCCAAACAGGCCCGCUGGGAUUCCAAGCGAGCUACGCAAUUGUAUCUUCAGGAGCUGGCAAAGGCUGGCUACGAACGCCCGCGCGUACCGAUCCUGACGCCCGGAAGCAGUGAGAGUGAAGGGAAGAGGCUCUCCGCUCACGACAGCGUAAGUAGAGGCACGGAUGAUGGGGACGGCGAGGACGGCGUGCUGGUGGCAGACUCUUCAACGAUACCUACCGCUGAGUUCUUGCCAGCCAGAGCAAGCCUGCAUCUGCGAGAUGAUUGGGAGACAUCACCCUCUAUCGCGGACUGGAUGCAUCUGGCGGCCGGCGAGGACGAGAUGCAGCCGCCUCAGUCUCAGUCUCAGUCUCAGUCUCAGUCGCAGCAGCAACCACAUCUUCCCCAGCCCGAGCAUGAAUAUCAACAACACCAACGCCAGGCCACAGAUGCCACGGAGAUUCCGCAUCCUUCGACCUCUACUUCAACCUCCUCACCAGCAUCCCCAUCUGCCUCAGACCAAGAGGGCGCUGAAACCCCUCGGAUCGCUGGGCCACCUCAGUUUGCCUCCAUAGACGGGACCGUUGAGGGACUAGGACUCGAAAUCCGUGUCCAGUCACCACAAGAUGGAGACUCCCCUACUAUACCGUCACCGUUCCAUAUGCACCUCCCCGUGCCCUCGCAGCCUCAUCAUCCACCGCCUCCACCCCCUGUUACUUCUUCGACCUCACCCGCUGCUGUGGAAGAUCAACACCAGCAGCACCAGCACCAGCACCAGCACGCUGUUAGCGUCGAGGUAUCUCCCAGCGUAUACGCUAACUCUCCCCCUACAAGCCCAAUGCCUGCGCUACCAACGUUCCACGAUGCACCGCCCAGCAGUCGAAGCGAGGACUCGUUACACAUCACUCCUCCGCAUACCAUUUCCUCCUCGACCUCUCACACGCAGGACAGACCGUCGUCCCUGGCACCGGAAACGACCUCUGCGUUCCACGACAUACUAGACCCCGCGUCCCGUAUCUCGCCUACCCCUGAAGAACGACGCCUCAAGAAACGACGGAAUGUCAUCAAGGAACUCGUCGACACCGAAUACACCUUCGGCCAAGACAUGACCGUCGUCGUUGACAUAUACAAGGGUACAUCGAGCUCCUGUCUCGGCCUGUCGCCGGAGGACAUCAAGACCCUAUUCGGCAACUCAGAGCAAGUCGUCCAGUUCUCCAUGGACUGGCAGGAUGCGCUCAAACAAGCCGCUAGAAGUGUCUAUAUUCUUCCCAAGUCUCAGCGUUGGAGUAGUAAGCGCAGCAGCAAAUGUACCCAGAACAGCUCUGCGACUAGCAACAGCCCUGAGCCGCAGCAAAUAGCCGACGAGGAGAAUGAUCGCAAGACGGCCAUCGGGGAGGCAUUCAUGGCUAACAUCGAGAGGAUGGAGGCUGUUUACUCUGAUUACCUGCGUAACCACGACGCAGCAAAUAGGACACUCGAAGUCCUGCUGAAGAAUAAGAAUGUUAAUAUCUGGCUGAAGGAGUGUCGCGAGUGGGCUGCUGACCUUACAUCUGCAUGGGACUUGGACUCGCUUCUCGUCAAGCCCGUCCAGCGAAUCCUCAAAUACCCGCUUCUUCUCACUGAGCUGCUAAGCGCAACGCCAUCGGAUCAUCCGGACUACACUGCCAUAUCAAAUGCCCUCGCAGCCACAACGUCCAUAUCCGUACGCAUCAACGAGAUGAAGAAACGCGCCGAUCUAGUCGGCCAAGUGGUAGGCAGCGGACGGAAACGAAAAGAGUCAGACGUCCGCGCCGGUCUGUCAAAGGCCUUUGGUCGACGCACUGAGAAACUGAAGCAGCAUGUCGGUAUCACGGAGAUGUUCGCAGAUAAAGAAUAUGAUAUUCUCAGCCAGCGGUUUGGAGAUAAUUUCUUCCAGCUGCAGCUUGUCAUGCGCGAUGUAGAAGGGUAUCUGAGCGAGAUCCAAAGCUCAAUGAACAAGUUUAACGACUUUAUCGUGGCCGUUGAGAGGUAUAUAAAUCUCGCGCCCUCGAACUACCCCGAGCUCGAGAGUAAAUGGUGUCGAUUUCGGUUGGCCGUCAAGGACGUUAUGACCGUCGCUCUAGUCGACCAUAUCGCCCAAGUGCGGAAGAGCGUAAUAACGCCGAUGGUGACGCUAUUGAAACUCCACGAUGGGCCACAGCGAGUCAUGCAAAAGCGUAAUAAGCGACUGAUGGACUAUGUAAAGUACAAAGCCAUCAAGGACCGAGGCGACAAGCCCGACAAGAAGAUCACCGAGCAAGGAGAACAGUUUGUGGCGCUCAACAUGGCGCUAAAGGAUGAGCUACCGAAACUCUUAUCGUUGACUGGCAAGCUGAUGGAAGCUUGUCUGAACGCCUUCGUCCAAAUCCAAGCCAGGUGGCUUAACCUGGUCCAGUCGAGGCUAGGCUACUCCAUCGAGAGGCUCCCACAGGAUGUCAACCAGAUCAUCACCGAUUGGUCCGGGGAUUUCUCGUUCAGUGAAGCCCAGGUGCUUUCUCUGGGUGUGUGCAACGGCUCCAUACUUGCUGACACGGCGCUGGUGAACAAUUACAGCUCCCCUCCACCUUCUCAUGGGGCAGACGCUAGCUCCUCUCGCCGUCCGUCAACGGUCAACAGUGCCACUGGCCGUACAUUCUCCGGUGAAUCAGGGAACUCACCCAAGGGUUCUCACGAAUUCCUCUCGCGAAGCCCAGAGAAUAUGAUACAGACUCCUCCCAGCACAGGCUUCAUGCAGCAUGGAAACGGCUCGUAUGUCUUCCCAGCAUCAUCCGGUUCCCGCACCAGAGCCAACUCGACGUACUCCGUGAGAGCGCAGGACGUGACCAGCAGCCAUAUCCCCUCAAUACCCUCGAUAAUAAACUCUUCUACACGCUCCAGCGUCACAGCUCAAAGCGGUAGCAACGCCUCAUUCCGAACAUCAGACGCUUCUCCCAAACUGCCUCUUCUCUCCCUAGAUACCCCCCGCCUCGAAUUCUUCCCCGACCACCUCAUGAGCAGUAGCAGGUACAAUGUCAAUGUCAACGGUAACAACAACUCCAACAAUCGCAACAGCAAUCACCACGUUGCUCCUGAUCCGGCCGACCAUCCCUCCUCUCCCUCAGCAACGCGGUACUCAGGCUUCUUCUCCUCCGCCAUGCCUAUGGCCGAGAACCCUGAACCAUCAUCACGUUUCCAUUCUCACGCCAGUAUCCCCAUGAACCGCAGCGUCAGUGCCGGCGCCAGUAGCCAUGCAAGCUAUCCCUCAGCACCGAAGGAACCUUCCAUCCUCUUUCUGGCCGCCAGCAUGUUUGAAUUCAAUAUCGAUCGAGCCAGACGAGAAGCAGGGUAUCCGUAUCUAACCUAUGUGGCUGGUGAGAUCUUCGACGUCAUAGGCGAGAAGGGUGAUCUGUGGCUUGCUCGAAACCAAGACGAUCCCACGCACCAGGUCGGCUGGAUAUGGACGAAGCACUUCGCCAAAUUGGCAAGCUGA